AUAUGCUGCCCGGCCAUGCACAAACAACAACGAACUGCCCGGCCGUGACAUCCAUCCAUCCUCUGAUCUAAUCUCAAUCCUAUUUGUCGCCUGGAUAUUCUUCUCGUGCCAAAUGGUCAUGGGCAAGAAGAAGUCCUCGUCGAAGAAGGCGAGCGCGGGGUGCCGGCGGCACCGGCAGCCGGCCGACGGGGUCGGGGUCUGCCCGUGCUGCCUGCGCGAGCGCCUCUCCCGCCUCUCGCCCGCGGCUUCGCUGCCUUCCGUCAUCGCCGUGCCAGAUUCUGCUUCCUGCUCGGACUAUUCGGAGGCGUCGUCGUCGUCGUCGUCGUUGUCGACGGAGGGGUCUACCGGGGCGUCAUCGGGGUCGGCCAGCCCCGGGUUCCACCGCGAGUUCAUGAGGGGGUCCGCGAGGCCGUCGCUGCUGAUGAGGCGCGAGCGGGUGGUGGCCGUGGACGGCGACGAGGUGGCGGGUAUCAUGAUCAGGAGGAGGAGGAAGGAGAGGACGGGGUUCUGGACCAAGCUGCUGCGUGCGGCGACCGGGGGAGGCAGCAGCGGGAAGAAGAAGCAGGUCGAUGGGUGCUCCAUGGCGGCGCACUCCAAGACGAUGGAAGCGGCCGAGACGACGAGGUGGAUCAUAUUCUGAUUUCUGAUCGAGUACACGCGUGCUGCGUUCAUUCCGAUUAGUUAGUGUUGUUUUAUCUGGCGUGGCGUUCUUUGGUUUGGUUCGUUGUUGGGUUUGGACGUUUGGUCGACGGAGGAACGGCUAGACUUGGACUAUAUCCGUGUUCUGUACAGAUUUCAAGGAAAUAACAGCUUUUGCUUCGGUGCCAUUUACAGAUCAGGUUACCAGGCAACACCACACGCAGGCAAACGUUGACAUGUAAAUUCUUGAAUCUCGCCGAGUUCUUAUCAUGAGCACCAUUGGACAUUGA